AUGGCGGCGAUGACAGGCGCCUUGUCUCGUCAGGCAGCAUUCGAACUCGCAGUAAACACAGCGCUGAAUGACUUCCCAAACGUGGAGGCCAUACGUGAAGAGCAGAGAAACUGUUUGAAACACCUAAUCGACGGGAUCGAUGUGUUCGCAAUUUUACCGACCGGGUUUGGAAAAAGUCUCAUCUUCCAGCUUUUUCCUCGAAUAAAGCGUGCUUUGGAAAGAAGGCAGGAGGGAAUGCCAUAUACGAUUGUUGUGGUAACUCCGUUGACUGCCAUCAUGAAAGACCAAGUAGAACAUUUGAACAAAAUCGGAGUAGCGGCUGCAAUGAUAGGCGAAGAUAUGGAUGAAGCCGUUAAAAGUGGAAGCUAUGAAAUUGUAUAUGGAAGUCCCGAAUCGUGGUUGUCGAAGGAAUGGACCAAAGAACUUCAGGAAGGAAAGCUUGGAAAGCAAGUUGCAGCUAUCGCUAUUGACGAGGUUCACUCAAUCACCGAAUGGUAAAUUUUCCGUUCAAUUGUUGUGCAUUUUCAUUGCUCGAGUUCACGAUCUGUAUUGAAACGGCUUUCUAUCGAAACGAGCGGUAUUUGUCUGUCACUUUAAUCAAAAUUUUUGUCACGUACAACCUGAAGCCGUCUUAAACUAAAGAUUACAUGAAUAAUUCUCUCGCUAUCUACUGUCCGAAAGUCUUAGUUUUUAGUGACAUUAGGUAUACAUACUAUUAAUUUUUUGUUCAGAGAAAUUUUGAUUUAUUCGCAAGAAAUAAUGUUUGAACCAUGCAAUAAAUGUAUGGGCAUGUAGGUGAAUCUCACCAUUGCAUUUAAAUUGUCUAAUGUCCUUUACUUUACGAGUGGUUGUCAAAAAUAUUCUCUUGCUUUAUAUAGGGGGAUGUCAGAAGGAAGAAAAAAAAAAGAAAGAUCCUUUCCGAGAAGCAUUUUCAAGAGUGAAGGACCUAAGAUCUCAAUUACCAGGUGUUCCAGUGAUAGCUCUGACUGCUAGUGUAUUACUCAAGGAGAGACAAAAGUUAAUCAAGGCAAGUGGAAUGAUAAGUCCAGUUAUUGUUGAUGUGUCUCCGAACAAGGAAAACAUAACUUUGGAUUUCCUUGAAAUGAAGAAGGAGUCUUAUUCAGGAUCUAACCUUAAAUGGGUUGCUGACAUGAUUUCAACUCAUGGAAGACAAACACCUCAAACUAUUAUUUUUUGCAAGACAUUCAACAGCAUCUCCUUUGUUUUAAGCUAUUUGCUCAUGACUUUGCGUGGAAAAGCAUUUGUAGACUCUGAAGACAAGGGAAAAGUAAGCUUGAUUGGUGUGUAUCAUGCAAAAACAUGGGACAAGGAGAAAAGUGAAAUUGAACAUGAUUUUAAAGGAGAUGGUCUCAAAAGGGUUGUCAUUGCCACAUGUGCCCUUGGCAUGGGGGUGAACUUCCCUCAUGUCAGGUAUGUUAUACAGUAUGCCCCCCCAAACAGUUAA